CACACACACACACACGUCACACACACACACACACACACACACACACGUCACACACACACACACACACACACACACACACACACACACACACACACACACACACACACACACACACACACACACACACACACACACACACACACCCCACCUGAUUAUAAUGACUGACAACCCAAAAAGCCCCUACAUUCCCCCCCCGACAUGCGAACCUGCCGUUCCGAUCGUAAUUCGACAUGGUUUGAGGAGAUCCACAUCAUGAAGGUACAGUGCGGUGUGCUGACACUGCUCAGUCUGGUGUGUGGCGCCGAGGCGUCCAGGUGUUCGCCGACCUCUUAUUAUAAGAACUGCUGGAUCCGCCGCUUCCCGGGUGUCUUUAUCGACGUGGAGGAGUCCCAGAGGCGAGGCGCGCAGCUGCUGCAGAACUACCAGGAGGACUCCGCUCUCAAGUGCAGCCGCACCUGCUGCCUCACCAGGAACUUUUCCUGCAAUCUGGCAAUAUUUCAGUAUGACACCGUUCAAGAGAACGCAAACUGUUACCACCUGCACUGCCCGACACUGGAAAGCUGCAUACUUACCCAUAGAGGCAACGUGGUGCUCUACAACAUCACCAAGGGUGUUGACCCUGACCUGUUGGUAUUUGGGAAAUAUUUCACCUCAAAUGUGCGUGUUUUACCGCACCUCUACACACGAAUCAACGCCUCGGAGCCGAUGGCCUCGGACAAGCGGCAGUUUAACCGGCCCCCCCGUCAACCGUCCAAGCCUGUGACCCCCGCCAUGCCUGUGAACCCCGACUCGAGCAGAAGAACAGGCACUGCUUCAACAAGAACCGCUACAACAAGAACCAUGGGCACCAGCAGUUCAAACACACCUUGGAGCUCCAUUCAACCAACAACCUCUCAAACCACUUUGCCCUCCCCCACAGACCUGUCCCCCCUUGGGAGUAGGCCUACCCCGGACCCCGCCGCUGAUAGUCCCCAGUCCCAGGCGCACCAGUCAGCCACAGGCACCCCUGUCGCUCCCCUGACAGCCACCAUAAGAAAAACGACAACAACAACAAGACAUAUCUUAUUGGACCAAACUUCUCCACAAACUGAUUAUAAAGAGCUUAUUGCAGAAAGCCCUCGGGUCAGCAGCAGCUCCACUAAGCAAGACACCACACGGUCCAUGCCAUACCCGUCCCCACCAUCUACCCAACGCGGAACAGACACACCGGCAGCCGUGUCCGAUUCAUCACAAGCUACCACCAUGACUUCCGCCGCCACACCCUCGGCUGCUCCCCUGGCUAACGCGGAGAGCGGCAACCAGUACGCCGCGGGGAACGAAACGAUAGGAGGCCCCGUCGGCCGGAACCUAACGGCGGUGGGGAACGGCGAGGGGGGUCCGUGGACGAACGGAGCGGAGGGCGACGGUGUGGGGACGGAGUGGCGCGUUGCGGCUCACACCCUGCUGGUGAUGGGGGCCACGUGCGUGACGGUGCUGCUCAGCUGUUGCUGCACCGUGCUGGCGGUGGUCAGCUGGCGGGGCCGUCGGAAGAGGAAGGGACGCUACCGGACCACCUGGAGGGGGAAAGGGGAGUCCAUGCGUCUGAUUAAGUACGUGCUCAUCAGAGAGGGUUCUUGAGCGCGGUCGAGAGGAAAGAGAAACGAAAAAGCCACCCCCCCCCCCCCCCC